AUGCCUGGCGUACAACAUCUUAUCGACUUCGUGCUGAACGAAGUCGCGCUCUGCGGCAAUCAAGGCGCAAAGUUGUCCGAUCUACUCCAAGCCAUUGAUGAUUUCCAUACUCAACUUCAGGAUGUGACUGAAAUAAAACAAAACAUUGACCAUCGUUUUAAAGCCAAAGUCUGGUCCUGGCUCACGACAAACCCAGAGGUUUCUAUUGGCCAGCACAAUGAAUGGAACCAUCUCACCUUGAAUGAAGCUGAGAAGCUUGACUCACGAACAACGGAGAACAAUGAUUCCAAGGUCAACGAUGCCGCCGAUCAGAAUCCCGAUUUACCGCCGCUUCGAAUCUAUGUCUCAGACGAGAGAGCCUGGGUUGCCAUAACUGGCCAUCCACCAGAUGAGUCGAAGGUACUACCUCUUGAAUUCGCCUUACUGUCGGUGAUCGCUUCACGCAAGUCAAAGGGUAUUGUGCAGCCGGACCUGGUGAAGCUCAGUGGCCAGGACAAACGGUCUGUUCCGAAGCGUACCGAUGCUUUGCAAAAGAAGGGCUACAUCGACAAGCGGCCUGUUCAAACAAAAACGGCCCGAACUAGCCUCUGUACACUACAGCGGUUCUACCGCCACACCACCGGUGAUCAAAAAAAGGAGGAACCACAAUCGAAGAACAUGAUUGAUUUCGACAGCUUCAACACCAGUUUGUUUGACAUUCUCCGAGAGCACCAACUCAUUGCACGCAACGAUUUGAAACGACUUUUGGGCUUUGAUGAUCAUUGGCGUUGGAAAGUCUUGUCCCGUGCCCUUCGCAAGUGGGAGCGGAUAGGUGUGGUCCAACGUGUGAGAGCCGAAUCACAAUACGAAAGAAUGCAUCCUUGUGUGAAGCUUUUACGAGAUCCCACGGAGCAAGAUCUGGCCCUUUUCCAUGAAUUUAACUUCGAUGUCUUGAACAAGCAUGGGGUGCGAGCUAAAGGAAACAAACUUACUCCAGACCAAGACCAAGACAUGGAAAUGGCGGGCCCAAGCAAAAGAUCUCCUAGUCCGGGGGAGGGUAGGAUGGAUAUGAUCAAGGAGCAUGUUGGAGAUUCUGCCCGCAUUGUACCAUCUUGGACGCCAGAUCGUAACCUCAACAACCAAAUCUUUGACAUCAUUGAAAGAACAGGCACAACAGGCAUCACGAACCAGGCCCUCAACUGGACCUGCUUUGGGUCCUUCUACAAGAGACCUGCUGAAAGUAUGGUUCAUCGCUUGGUUGACCUAUGGCAAGUGGCCCAGCCACUUCACCUCCGCCAUUACGCCAUCGUUCGAGAUAUGGCAAUGAAAAAGACCAUCAUGUUUUAUGUCCACUAUGCGGCAAACAACUUCGCAAAGCUUGUUGAAGCCGGCCAGGCAUCAUGGGAAGCCGUUGAAAUUCCAGCCAAGAAAGCUAAAUCGCUAAAGAUCGUGGCACCCCCUUUUGGUGUUCUUCCUCAGCUUGAUGAGUAUGGAUUCCUCAAGAAGGAAUUCCCAAAGAACAUGUUGAAGGACCCAAAUGCAACUCUCCUCGACGGGAUUAUGGCUGUCAAACCGCCCAACUAUCUUCUUUCUUCGAGCGAUCCGUUUGUUGUUGAACUUCCAAACGGUCAACAUGUGAUCCGUACACGUACCGAUAAACUCCCACCUGGCUCUAAGCAGCAGUAUGAGCCCCGUUUUCGACCUAAGGGACGACCGAAAGGCAGACUGAACCGCGCGACUCUGGAAAAGCGUGCCAGAGAAUCCGAAGCCAGAGAAUCCAAGGCCAAAGAACCCAAAGCCAAAGAAUCCAAGGCCAAAGAACCCACAGUCACAGAUCCCACAGUCACAGAAUCUGAAGCCAGAGAACCCGAAGCUAGCGGAUCAGUCACAGAAUCUGAAGCCAGAGAACCCGAAGCUAGCGGAUCCGAACCUAGACAAUCUCAAGCCAUGGAAUCCCAAGUUGAACCAAAGCUGGAGCUGAGCCAAGGUUAUGGCUGGGAAUAUGUCGAGGAAUCCCCGCGAGCCAAGAGAGCUAAGAUUAAGCAUGACAACCUUAAGGGAUUAUCAAAACAAGAGAAGUUUGAAGCGCUUGGUAUGGAUGAGAGUUGGACUGAAUAUAAAGCUCUUGUCAUGGACAAGCCUACUCCUGGUGUGUAUGUGACUCCCCGCGGCCGAAGAAGACCAGCCGGUAAGGCCCGAGGUCGCCCGAAACAGAGCCGAAUUGCGAUCUUCAAAUCACCGAACUUAGCGUCGAUACCUUGGUUUGUUAAGGACAUGGACGACUCGAGUGAUGAUGACAAGGUACAAGAUGCUGCUACUAGCACUCGAGCAUCCGAGAGCCUUGCGCCUGAAGCUGCACAUUCAGUUAUCAACUCCGAGGGGCCUGCCAUAACCCCUACCCCGACAACUUCAAGGGGGGUCAAGAGAACUCUACCUGACCAGUCAGCGGACUCACCCGCACCAUCAACGAGCUUCAAGGUCAACGAAAAGAAAAGAGGGAGACCCCCCAAACGAUCUCGCCUUCACAAGGCCCAAAAUGAAAGUAAUGAAGGACCCUUGAAAGAUGCCAACGAGAUAUUGCCCGAAGCUGUAGUUCCGGCACCCCAAGAGAGUUCAAUCAAAGCGAGUACACCACGCCAUCGCGAUAAGAGUGCUAGCGUUCAUAUACUUGAAGAUGAACAAGUUGGAACUCCAUCAAAGAGACGCCGCGUUGCAUCCUCUGAUCGCAGUGGUAACGACCCCACGACUCUACAAUCCCCGACACCCCGUCCAUCCGAUAUUCCGACACCACGAUCUGGUUCAAUGGGCCCCCAGAAAUUCAAUUUCAGCGCCCAUGGCACCAAGCCUGCAAAAAAACCACGUGUUCGGAACAGAAUCAACAUCAGAACCAUGCAGAUUUCAGAAGAGGGAGAAUCGGGACCCCUUAAACCUUUGGUGAUCGGGAGAGGCGGAUCUAUCAGUGUCCUUCGGAGAAAACUCAUCAUGGAAAUCAUGGAAAAGGCUGAUGGUGUAUACCCCGCGGGCACUGCAAUGUGGUAUCCUUUUGUCACUGCAUGGAUGAAGUUUCAUCCCAAUGAAAAACCAGACAUGCGAACUAUCAAUACUGCGUGCAAGCAAUUGAUCGAUGCUGGCCAGCUUCGGCAGCUGACUUUCAGCGGCCGAGACACGAGGAAAGUGAUGGUAACAAGAACGUUGUUGUUGAAGCCUGACAUAUCACCAGACGAUCCAUUGGUGAAAGAGAUGCAGAGCAAGAUUCUGGCUACUGAUUUCCACGAGUCACGGCCCUUCUUUGCGGCUAAUGUCGAGGUGGAUCCAAAUUUGACCAGAAAUAGUGGUCGACCACACGGUGCACCUCCCCGAGCCCAGAGAUUCUCCUUCCCGGUCGAAGAAGGAGCCCAUGUUCACUUGCAACAAAAGCCCAUUUCCAUUGUGAACUUAGAGGCAAGAAGAAGGAGACAGGCUCAGGCGAAUUUCAUUAAACGCCUGGAAGCCCAAGCCAAGGCUGUUAAGGCUGCUGAAGAAGAGUAUGAACUGCCUGAUCUGCCCGGAGUUCAACGACUCAUGACACUUGCACGCCCCCCUGAAUUGGACCUUGAUGCUCAUCCGCACACAUCGAUUAUUCGUCCGUAUGUUCGAACAGGUACACGUGGUCCUGGCAAGCACCCAAAGUCUAUCAUACAUCCUAAGCGAAUGAUGAAACCAAUUUCAGCCAUUGGAGCGUAUGCCAUGUUGAUGAAUCCGAUGCAACAAUUUGAUUCAACUACUGGGACUUUCUCCACAGGGUCGUGCUCCAAACGCAGAAGGGGGAGACCACCAAUGGGAACAAGACCGCCGGUUUCGAACGUUGAGGAAUCUGUCGAUGAGUUAUCUAGACUGGCUCAUGACGAACCAGAUUUACCGGAAAUGCCCAAGGCUGUUAAAGACCAGGUCUUACUUUCGAGGUUCAAUCAAAAGACCAAAAGGAUUCUCAAAUGGGAGCUACAUCAUCCAGUUGUCUUUGAAGCAAAACUUGAAGGUCAGGAGUUUAUCAGGCAAACCAUUCAGGAUGGUUUCAAGCCAGCACCGAUCCUGGGUGAUAUUCGUUUUGAUAUUGACAUGCCCCCUCCCCCUCCGAAACAACUUCAAAUAGAACCGGAAUUACCAGCACGGCGUAGCGAGGUCCGUCGCCAGCGUGAGUCUCUACCUCAGCCUCCUCCGACACCUACUCCGAUACCUACUCCGAAAGACGAGACACCUAAACGGAUACCAAAACCGAGAAGGACACGGGCUCCUCGGGCCUCGCGUGCGCCUGUUACGGACCGCCGUCUGGCAAAACUUGAUGACACUGCAACAGCCGACAAAGAAGCACAGUCCGCGACCCCCAAACGCGUUCGCCGACAGCGAUUCGUGCGCCCCAUUUCCGAGGAUCUCAAACAAAAGUUGGUGGUUGCUCUUGUCGUCGUUCGUGUGCUUGCAGGCGGAGCAGAAUCAAGAGUGAUCGAUUGGGCUCUAGUGAUAAAAGCUUUCCCAGAUCAAGACGCGGCUUUCAUUGAAGCACGAGCACGUCAAAUACUCAACAAGAAUCGUUUGCAGAUUACGAAGAUGCAUCGAGAUUUCCAAGAGUGCUUCCUCGAGGCGUAUGAAAAGGACGAAGUUCCACGCAUUGACUAUUCCGAUUUGGACGGCUAUGACUGGCCUGCUCUGGUUGAGUGGGCAAGCACUAGGCUCGAUGUUUCUCCAUCGGAACAGGCUCCGGACCUUCCAGCAACACGGGAGCAAUUCAACAGUGUUUUCGAACUACGUGAAGAUGCGCUUACGGCAGGUGACGAACUGUACCAGGCUGUGCACGGUGUCACUAUCAACCACAAACGCAACUUAAUGGCGCGCAAUCCAUUCGCUGUACCCGUCGAUGAUGAAACACGCACCCAGCUAGCUUCACGGAAGGCUGCUGCGGCACAAAUCGAGGCUGCGAAAACAUGGGUUCGUGCAAACAUCGUCACCGCAGAAGAAACCUAUCGACCCAAUGAGUCAAGCGAUAUCCUGCAGCGCUUUGGCGAUCGACUUAUCACCACUGCGACGCAGACACUGAUCAACGAACGUGUCAUCAGCUCUACAACCCGUGGCCGCAUCACUCCGGGUCGCAACUACGAUAUCUCAGAGUAUUUCCUGCAGACACUGAGCCGCAAACGUGCUGUCGAAAGCACCCAGCUGCGUCGUGCCGCCCAUUUCAAGACAAAUAUGCUAGAUCUCCAAUUCCGAACCACUGGUUCGUCCGACGUCGAGUACACCGCGGAAGACGGAGAUAUCCUCGCAUUGAUCAACCUCUACGCUGCGGGUGCUAUUCAAAUGCGACCUCGCGAUGCCCCCCGCGCUAAGUUUGGUCUCACUGAUGGUGGAUAUGAAACUCGGCAGAUGGACAAGAAACGCUUCCGUUUCCCUAUCGAGGUUACUCCCACCGCAGCAUACCGCUACGGUAACCCCGUCCAUGGCAAAGCUGCAGCCACGAUCCUUCCGCCGGCGCCUUCAUCAUCAGAUACAAAAAUGCCGCCUAGAAACCCCCUUUGGUACGACAUCAAUGGAGAAUUCGUACGUCGUCUCUGGGAUCUGGUGCUUGGCCCUGUCCUCGGGUGCCUGGUGAUGCGACCCGGUAUCAAGGCCGGUAACAUUUCUAACAUGAUCAAACCCACCAUGGGUACAUGGGAGACUGUGUUGAUGCUGCAAUGGUUGGAGGAAGUUGGCAUCGUCAAGUCAGAUGGCGAGGGAGAGACAGCUUGUUGGAGAUUACAGGAGUCUUGGUGGAUGAUUCUAUCUUGA